AAUUAGUUUUUUUUACAUUCAUGCACCUUUACAACUAAAUUUUAUAAAUCACUUAACAUAAUUUAGUAAAAAGAAAUGUUAAUUUACUCCAUACUGUCCGUUUUAAACUACGUUGUCUAAUUUAUAACUUAUUUCUCUUGAAAAGUCUUUGCGUGUAAACUAUUUGUAAAUAAUUCAUGUAGAUGUCAUUUUAAAAUUUACAGCAAAACUACUCUAAUUUAUAGUAUGGAAAAGAGCCAUAAAAUCAUUGGUCAUUACUUACAAGUUUUAUAGAUAUUGACUACGUAGUUCAAAUCGAUAUUUUAAAGGUAUAGAGGCACUCCAAAAAAAAGUCAUUUAAACUGUGACUGUGACUCUUCUCUAACAUUAUAAUAAAUAAUAUUAUCUGUUCCUCCCUCCCGAUGCAGUAAUAAUUGUAAUUCGAACAUAUUAUGUCUCUUAGAAGCAAUAUUUUUGCCACGAGCCUUUUUCUGACUUACAUUUUACCAAGUAUAGAACUUUCUAAGGAGUCAAAGAAAUUUUACAAUUUAGUUAAAAACGUUAUAAUAAAUAAUAUAAGAUUGUCUGCACUUCAGGCUACACUAUAGUGUAGAUUGAGUGAGAUAUCAGAAUAUUAAUUUUGUCCUAAAAACAAAUAUCGCAAAUGUAUCGUUACUUUUGCAGUUCUUAGCUGUAAAAGCUAUCACAUUGCGAUUCAAGAAAAUCACAGUGAUAAUAUAUCGCAAGAAAUUCACGUGUGUCUCUGAUCGCGAGGCGGAAUUCAAAUUCUUCCGGGUUAAAUCACGUGGCCAAUUCCGGUUCGUGUCAUGUGACGUAAUUUCAAGUGAUUUACACUGAUGAUUACGUUAGCAGUUUUCCACAACUCGCAACGACCCGCGUUUACCGUGGUCUUGUUACGCGCAAAGAGUUGAACCGUGUUGGGCAACCCAAGUUUAUGACUUCGCGCGUGUACACGAGGCAACGUCGUCGCGAACCUCGCGCAUAUUCGCGUCGCACUGUUCGCGCGUCCGCGUCCCGCUCGCUUCGUGCGUUCACCCGAGUUUGCGGUUGCAAAAGAGGUUAGCGCUCGCGAACGCGACGGCGCCAAAGUUCAUAUUCGUGGAAGUCUCCCCAGCGGCAAACUGUUCGAAGAUGCGAUAAAAUUCGUGGGGAACAAGAAGAAGAAAACGAGAUAAUAUAGUUUCUCAUGACGCAACGAUGAUCUUAAUACUGGGAUUGAAUUUGCAGCAUACUUCAGCAUUGGCGGGACGACGGUAAAGUCUGGAACAGCAAGAACCGGAAUUUAUCAUGGCUUUUCUCACCUGCUGAACUUUUCCAGCCAAUCCUGUUUCGAAAGCGCAGCAUCGAGCAAGCUAAAAUAUGAUUCCAAGCAGCGGACUUUUACUUCAUUCACCGAUCGACAAAGAUCUAGUGACGUUGCCGCGAGGAAGCUCCGGCAUUUCGAUCUCCACAGAUUGGAUGCUGGCACACGGCACCGCAUUGAGCUCGAUUAUCGAUAAAUCUCCCGCGGUAUCGAGCUUCGUCACGAACAUGGUACCGGGAGAGCACAUCACGAAAGUGCCGAGAGAACUCGCGAGCGAGUUGAAAUUCCAAGUCUGCCGCGAUGACGACCGCCGGCCGAGCUCGAUUAGGCAACACCGCGGCGUAAUCGUGGCCGCCUGGAGGUGCUCGCUCCUGGAGAAGACCUUCGACGAGUUCUUCGAAACGUGGAGUUUCCCCAAAUCGUCCGAGCUCGAUCGGUCGCUGCGGUCGGUUUUCCUGCUCGUCCGCGUCUACGAUGGUGCUGACGAGUCGCCGAUCGUGGUAACGUCGGUCGAACAAGCCCUGUCUUGUCUGCUGGACCAAGCUCCGCGGAAUCUUAUCCGCGGAUCGUCCGUGGAAAUCGAGUCGACGCCCUUCGGCAAUCCCGUGUUCAUCGGCUCAAUCACCCGCGGCGUUAUCAGCAACGUCGUCGGCGACGAGGGCUGCGUUAUCAUGACGGACGCGUACGCGUUUCCCGGUAGCGAGGGUGGUCCAUUUUACGUCAUCUCGCCGGACUGCAAACGCAGAAUCAUCAGCGGAAUGGUGAUUGCACCAUUGAGCUGGUGUCGCGGGGAAUGGGUAGAUUAUACCUUCGCCGCCAAUCUUGCGCCGUGCCUGCUCAACAUUUUACGGAAAAAGACUCCUCAUUCUCCGAUCAUAAAUCGCUCAUAUAAAAAUACCGAUGUGACGUUAGAUAGCGGCGUUGUGCUCGUUAGAUGUGGAAUUAGUUGGGGUACAGGUAUUCUCGUGCACAAGGAUACUGGUACAUUCUUGACGUGCUCGCACGUCGUCGCGGAGGCGCCAGAAAGGGAGGUAUCGAUUGUGAUGAAACCGGAUAAGUCCAAUUCGCGUGUCCAGGCGAAGCUGUUGUAUAGAACUCCGAAGAAUCAGCCCUACGACAUCGCUGUAUUGAAAGUGGAUCCACAGGCUGUGGAUCCCUCGCUGAGAUCUGUCCGUCUAUCUGAAGCUCCGAUUUUAAAGGGUGAGCCAGUUGUAUCCGUGGGAUUUCCGUUCUCGUCGUCCAUCCGGCCGACCAUCAGCGGCGGCGUAGUCUCUAAGCCGAUGGACUGCGCGCUCCUAACAACCUGUUGCACCCAGAGCGGCACCAGCGGCGGGCCCAUCGUCAGCCGGGUGACCGGCGAUACGCUGGGAAUGACCGUGUGCAAUGUGCUCUCCGCGGACGGCAGCACGCUAUACCCGCGGAUGAGCUUGGCGGUGCCGGCCGCCACGAUAAGCGGGCCCCUGCGGGAAUACUUGCGCACUGAUAAUCCCGAUGUAUUCCGAGCGUUCACGUGCGACGACGCGGUGAUACGCAAGAUCUGGGACUUGUACCCUUUCCUGCCGGCCAAACUCUGAAAAAGCCUUUAUGGAGCGUAAUUCAAGUUCUAGGUUCAAGCUCAAUAAUUGCCACGGAGGCUGCGAUAUUCAAUCUGCGAUUCUGUCGCGGAUGAGCAUACCGGAGUAUUUGUAUUGCGGUACGUUUGUCUCUGACGAGUCACACUGGACCCCGCCGAGAUUUCGAGCUCGACGCGCCGCGAGCAUAAUUUUGCGUCGAAUCUCGUUGAAUAACGUACGCCAUUGACCGAGUUUAAUGCAAAGAGAAAGUUUUUCGUGACGUCAAGUGCGGCGAUCAGCGCGCAAAAGCGACACGAGUCAACGAUCCCUCCGGUAUACGCCGAGGACUUUACCGAUGAAUAAUAUUCAUGUACGUCGUCGUAAAUCUUUGCAUCUAGAACAACGCUUGAUGCUGAUAUAUACUUGGCAAGAGUUGCAUUUAUAUUAAAAAAAAAAAAAAGAAAACUUAAUUCCUUCAACAUUCCUUUCCAGAUAUAUCUCGUGAAGCUAUGCUAUAGUAAUUUUCUGCGAUAUGUAUCUAAUAAGUUAUCAUUCUCCUUAUAUAUGAUGUUCUAUGUCUGAAGAUAAGCGCAAUUUUAGAUACACUUGCUUCGCCAACAAACAAUGGUAUAAUCAAGACUUCUAUUUCUCCGUUGAUUCGCAUUUAUGCUUUUUAUUCUUUAUGCUAAACUUAAUAAUUAUGUUUCAAAAAUU